GAACUACCUGGAAAGUUCAUGAACUUGCUGGUGCUGAUGAACACACAGUAUAAAGGCAAGAGACUCACAGAACCAGAGUCAAAUCUAAAAGCCUUACGACGCCACCAGAGAGACAACUCGACUGAGGAGCAAACCUAAAAGCCACUGAAAAUGUUGAGCCUGCAUGGAUUCCAGCCUUCCCUCAGCUCAUUCAUGGGAAUGGACUGGCCAGUGCGCAGCCUCUGGCCAGAGAUCACAUCUCUUUACAGACACGGAGAGGAGCUGAAGGAGCUGAAGAGCAGCCUGGAGCAGCUGGAGAAACUUCAGCAAAAGAUCUUUGAGGAGAUCCAGCAGAUACCACCCUCGCAGGAGAUCUACCCAGUCGCCUGCACAAUGGAAAGAGGGGGUAGCGGCUUCUCUUUGACACUGGACACUAAAGACUUUUGCCCAGAAGAACUGUCAGUCAGACAGGUGGGCAGGAAGCUGCAUGUCAGCGGAAAGAGCGAGAAGAAGCAUGAGGAUGGGAAGGGCUCGUACUCUUACAGAACCCAAGAGUUCAGACGGGUGUUUGAUCUGCCUCAAGGAGUGAAUCCUGAAGCGGUGACCUGCUCCAUGGCUGGUGGAAAGCUCUACAUACAGGCACCAGUAAAUCAGCCAUCUGAAGCAGCUGAGAGGAUGCUGCCCAUUGACUGUCAAACUGUGAAUACAACGCAGCCAGAGAGAGCCGAGGCACAGCACGACACCAGCGCCACACAGACGACACUCAGCAAUCCGGAAAGCACUGAGUACAGAGUACAACCCUCUGCUGGACAAUCUUAAAUAAAGAUGUUUCGUUUUAUUUUAAAAACUGUGUUUCUA